AUAUAAAAUGUAGUCAGCGAUGGAUAAAGACUCAACUCCUGUCCACCGCUGCCCACCACCACACCCACUCGACUGGCUGCGAUUUAUCAAUCUCUGCAGCCAUCUGCUCUCCAAGCGGCCGAACAGCUGUGCAUCUACCAUCUACUGGUCUACGGGCCCAUCCACCCCGCCCACCGACAGACACAUCAGGCACUUGUGGGGGGAUGCGGGGCGUGCCGGGUGGUUGCUCUUGAUCUUCAAGUUUCUUCAAGUUGUCGAAGUAGACCGUCACAAGGGCGGCGUAGUAGUAGUGCUCCGAUGACUCCUCGGAGCGGCCUGCGGCCUUCUCCCUCUCCCAGAGAGCGUACGCCCCCAACAACACCCUGCACACACACACAGGAGAGACACACACAAAAACACAGACACACAUGGAUGUGGGGGUGUCUCGUGUGUUUGUAGGCCAGUGAAAGACUGACUGCCGCCCCCUUACAUCGAGUCGAAGCUCUCGCGGCUGGGGCCCGCCUCGAUGAUGAGGCUGCCCUCCUCCGCAGGGACGCUCCGCUCGUAGUGCUGCUGGGGCGACUCGUGACGGCCCUCCGGCGACAGGGAACGCUCAAACGCAGCCUUCUUGACGCUGCAUGACAAGGCAGACAGACAGACAGACAGGGGAGACACACACACAUCCAUAGAAGGUGUUUUUGAUGGUGUGUCAGUGAGGUGUGCGUGUUGGCUUACUAGGCGUUGAAGGCGUCCUUGGGGGACGGGAAGCACUCGUCGGGGUGGUGCUUGUAGCCGGAGGGGGCUGACUCUGUCUCCCACACGUCGCUCUCACUAUCCUCACUGCUAUCCUCACUCUCCCAACCCUCCGACACUCCGCUGUCGCUAUCCUCACUCUCCCAACCCUCCGACACGUCGCUGUCGCUCUCCUCACUGCUAAACUCACUCUCCUCACUCUCUGGCACUUCGCUGUCACUCUCCUCACUCUCCCAACCCUCCGACAU